AUGAAGUUUGGGAAGGAAUUUGCUUCACAAAUGGUGCCGGAAUGGCAGGCAGCAUACAUGAACUACAACCACCUCAAGAUUCUCAUUAAAGAAAUCUUGAUUUUCCGGCGACUGCAGCAAAACGAGUCAACCCCGGGGUAUCAGGCAAACCCACCACUGCCAUCAAAAGGUUCAUCACGGAAGAGAAAGGUGUCUCUUCACAAAGCCUUCGGUGGACUAACAAAUGGCAAUUCUAAUAACAAGGAUAACGAGGAUGAAGUGAUUCUGGUAAGUGCAAUGCAUCAAUCGGAGGAGAACUACCGGACUGUUUUCCUCCGGUCAUCGCAGGACGCCGGAGAGUCUGAGCUAGGGUUUUUCAGAAAACUUGAUGAUGAGUUCAACAAAGUGAUCGAUUUCUAUAAGGGAAAGGUAGGGGAGAUGGUGAUCGAAGCUGAGGAAUUGAGUAAACAAAUGAACGCUCUUAUUGCUCUUCGAAUCAAAGUUGAAGAUCCGCUUUUCUGCAGUUCAUCUCCUAUAUUUUCCUCUCGAUUCGCCAAUGAACAAAUCACAGAUGUGAUUCAAGAAACAAAAUUGCAUGGGGAAGAAAAUGGCAAACGUAAAAUGGGAAGUGGCAGAAUGGACAACGAACAAGAGAUGGUUUCUUUAGAUGUUCUAAAUCAUGUAAAGAUCAAUGUUAUGCCAGAAACACCAAGGUCAUCGUUGAAAAAUGCUUUCGGUAGUUCAAAAUUAAGCUUCUCAUUUAGUAAAAAGGAACUCAAAAAUGCAGAAGAAAAGUUGAAUCAGGCUUUUAUCGAGUUCCACCAAAAGCUUCGCCAAUUGAAAAGCUACUCCUUCUUGAACCAAUUGGCUUUCUCCAAGAUCAUGAAGAAGUACGAUAAGAUCACAUCAAGAAACGCGUCAAAGGAUUAUUUAGGGAUGGUUGAGAAAUCUUACUUAAGACAAUCUGAUGAGGUUUCUAAGCUCAUGGAGAGUGUUGAAUCUGUUUAUACAGAACACUUCUGCAAUGGAAACCGCAGUCUAGGAAUGAAAACUUUACGGCCAAAAGCUAAAACGGAAAAGCAUAGAGUAACAUUUUUUACGGGUUGCUUCUUGGGGUACUCGGUAGCAUUUAUCAUUGCAAUAAUCUUAAUGAUACACGCUAGAGACCUUCUCAACAGUGAAGGGCGCGAUCAAUACAUGACUAAUGUAUUUCCCUUAUACAGUAUAUUUGGCUUCCUCGUGUUACAUAUGUUAAUGUAUGCCGGAAACAUCUGCUUUUGGAAGCGUUAUCGUGUCAAUUAUGCCUUCAUUUUUGGGUUCAAACCAAAUACUGAAUUAGGUUAUCGAGAAAUCAUACUUCUCAGUUCUGGCCUAUCAGUACUCACUCUUGCAGCCAUUCUCUCAAAUCUUGAAAUGGACAUAGAUGAAAGUGCUAGAAGCUCCAGAACUCUAACUGAACUACUCCCUUUAGGAUUAGUCGUGAUUGUACUUUCGAUAGCGUUCUGUCCGUUUAACAUCGUCUAUCGUACAAAUCGUUUCUUCUUCAUAGCCAGCAUAUGGCGUUGUAUUUGUGCUCCUCUGUACAAGGUUACUCUUCCUGAUUUUUUCUUGGCUGAUCAACUGACAAGUCAGGUUCAGUUAUUCAGGAACUUGCAGUUCUAUAUAUGCUACUACGGUUGGGGAGACUACAAAAGCAGGGAAUCUAGUAGGUGUCGAGGAAGUAGCGUUUACAACAACAUUUCUUUAGUUAUCGCUAUUAUCCCUUAUUGGAUUCGAUGUCUACAGUGUUUGCGACGCCUGUUUGAAGGAGAAGACACGAGUCAAGCUGUGAAUGCACUCAAGUACUUCUCAACAAUUGUUGCUGUUAUUUCACGAACAUUUUACGUUCAAAAGAAAGGACUAGCAUUGAAAAUACUUGCAACAUCCACUUCGGGUGUCGCGACAGUUUUCGGCACAUACUGGGACUUGGUGUGUGACUGGGGACUUCUACGUAGAAACUCUGAAAACCCUUGGUUAAGAGACAAACUCCUUUUGCCCCAUAGAUCUAUCUACUUUUUAGCGAUGGUAGUGAAUGUGAUAUUGAGGCUAGCUUGGGUGCAAACGGUGUUAGAUUUUCAUGAAGCUUCGUUCCUCCAUAGAACAGCUUUAGUAGCUUUUCUCACUAGUUUGGAGAUCAUUCGUCGUGGUAUUUGGAACUUCUUCAGGUUGGAGAAUGAGCAUCUGAACAAUGUUGGGAAAUAUCGAGCUUUCAAGUCUGUGCCAUUACCUUUUAGUUAUGAGAACAAGAAGGAUUGA